GCAAAAUGGCGUUUCCUUUGGCUCGAGUUCACUGCGAAGUUGCCGCGGAGCUAUGAUUCUCCGCGUUGCUGCUGGGCUGGGAGCAAGCAGUGAGCGCGGCGGCGGCGGCGACGACGGGCAACGCAGUGACCGUGAUCGCCGCGCCCGGAGACAAUGUCUCUGCUCUGCGUGAAAGUUAAGAAAGCAAAACUCCAAGGACCAGCAGACAAGUUCAACACUUACGUAACUCUGAAGGUGCAGAAUCUGAAGAGCACCACCGUGACGGUGCGAGGAAGUGAACCAUGCUGGGAGCAAGACUUCAUGUUUGAGAUAAACCACCUGGAGGGUGGUCUUCUGGUGGAGGCCUGGGAAAAGGGCCUCAUCUGGGACACAAUGGUGGGCACCAUAUGGGUCCAGCUUAAAACCAUCAAGCAGUCUAAUGAGCAGGAGGGACCAGGUGAGUGGCUGGACCUCAGCUCAGAUGUCCUCAUGAAUGGGAAUGAAAUCUGUGGCACCAAAAAUCCCACUCCGCACAAGAUCCUCCUGGACCUGCACUUUGAAUCACCUUGUGAUCUUCCAGAGGAGGAGGCACGCUACUGGGCUGACCUGGUCUUCCACAACAAUAAAUGUGUUCUGUGGGAAGAUGUUGAAAAAAAGCCUCUGCAGUCUGCCUCUCCACAGUGCUGCCUUGAGCCAGACGUGGAAAUUCCACAUUUGCAGGGCAACUGGAGUUAUUUUGGAUGGGGCGAGCAACCGACUGGGGAUGACCAAGAUGACAGCGACUAUCGCAGUGAAACAACCAGUAACAGCAUUCCUCCUCCGUAUCACACCUCAGCGCAGCCAGCCUCUUCUAGUCACCCCCUUCCCAUCCACCAGGCCCAAUCCGCCUCCAGCAAAGGACUCGAUCCCUGUCCAGCACAUAAGCAUGCUCAACGGCAGCCGGACUACUCUUCUAUCAUAAGGAAUGACAGUCUUGAGUCGACAAAGAAUGGCCCAAAUGACCUGGAAUCCAUAUCAACAUCUGGCCGGCUGCCAAACCAAAAGUACUCAUUGGAAAGUCGGCCCUCCAUGGAGCUAUCCGACAGCUGCAGCCCCACAGGAAGCAGUCAGUUUGGCUCAUCGGGAAACUUGAGCCAGCACAGCUCCCAGCUGAGUGAAUUGGAACCGGACAAUGAGAGCCAUCAUGGCUCAGGCCUGGGUAGUCUCCGAGGCUCUGGUGCUGAACGCGGUUCCUACAGCAGCUUCAGCAGCUUCCAUGAGGACGAGGAGCCGAGACCUUUGGAACCCCAAGAUGUCCUCCAAAUAUCUGAAAAGGUCACCAGUAACCAUGGCCAGGACUGCUCUACCAAUCAUGUAAACUCAAAAGAAAGGACUGCGAAUCAUGCCCGAUUUAAUGAAAACAAAUCCAGCUAUGAAUCAAUACAUGGGCUUGAGAAACAACCUAAUCAUUUUGUCACUUAUGAAGACGAGAGAAGAAAUAGUCGUGGCAGUACUUUUGAAAAUGACAUUCCAGGGCUUUAUAAUGCUAAAUUUGAUGAUGAAAUAAUUUCCAAUCAUGAUCUAUGUACUGAAGAUAGACAACUGAAUGAAAGUGCAGCAUAUGAAAAUAAACGGCUGAGCCAAGAAAUUGAAAAAUGUCACCCCGAAGUGGAAUUCGUUGACCAGCCAGAGAUUCUGCCUGAUGACAAUAACAUACGAGAUGGUGGUAAAGUAAAGGUACCGCCACGAGAACUAUGGAUUCGGGCCAUUGAUAAAGUCCGCGCACAGAUCCGUGAGGCAAAUGAAAGUCGAAGCUUCUCUCCGUUCAGCUUGGUAGUGGGGUCUGGGAGUGGGCUCUAUGGCAUUGACAGCAUGCCCAAUCUGCGCCGAAGAAAAACAAUUCCACUCGUCAGCGAUGUGUCAUUGGCUGCUAUGCAGAGGAAGGGAGGGCUUCUCUCCUCCAUGGCCACCCGAGCCUCGCUGAACGACGAGGAACUUAAAAUGCACGUGUACAAGAAGACACUGCAGGCACUCAUCUACCCAAUCUCGUGCACCAUCCCUCACCGCUUCGAGGUGUGGACCGCCACCGCGCCCACCUACUGCUACGAGUGCGAGGGGCUGCUGUGGGGGAUAGCGCGCCAGGGCAUGCGCUGCACCGAGUGUGGCGUCAAGUGCCAUGAGAAGUGCCAAGACCUGCUCAAUGCCGACUGCCUUCAGCGUGCAGCUGAAAAGAGCUCCAAGCAUGGUGCAGAGGAUAAGACACAGACUAUCAUCACAGCUAUGAAAGACCGAAUGAAAGUGCGAGAACGCAACAAGCCUGAAAUAUUUGAUCUCAUCCGAGAUGUGUUUGCAGUCACCCCAAGUGAUCAGAACUCACACAUGAAGUCUGUCAAGCAAAUGGUGCUAGAAGGCACCUCCAAAUGGUCAGCCAAGAUCACAAUCAAUGUUCACAGUGCCCAAGGAUUGCAAGCCAAGGACAAGACAGGGGCCAGUGACCCGUAUGUCACUGUUCAAGUGGGAAAGACCAAGAAGAGAACCAAGACCAUUUACAAUAAUCUCAACCCGGUCUGGGAAGAGAAAUUUCACUUUGAGUGCCACAACUCAUCUGAUCGGAUCAAGGUGCGUGUGUGGGAUGAGGACGACGAUAUUAAGUCUCGCGUGAAACAGCGCCUCAAGAGGGAGUCGGACGACUUUCUCGGUCAAACAAUCAUCGAGGUGCGGACGCUGAGUGGCGAGAUGGACGUCUGGUACAACCUAGAGAAGCGCACCGACAAGUCUGUGGUGUCCGGGGCUAUCCGCCUGCAGAUCAGUGUUGAGAUUAAGGGUGAGGAAAAGGUGGCGCCAUACCACGUACAGUAUACCGGUCUUCACGAGAAUAUCUUCCAUUUUCUCACGGAUGUGCAAAACGGAGGGGCUGUGCGUAUCCCCGAAGCUAAAGGAGAUGAAGCAUGGAAGGUUUACUUCGAGGAGACGGCCCAGGAGAUCGUGGAUGAGUUUGCCAUGCGCUAUGGCAUUGAAUCCAUCUAUCAAGCUAUGACCCACUUUUCUUGCCUUUCUUCCAAGUACAUGUGUUCUGGAGUGCCAGCCGUUAUGAGCAAUCUGCUUGCAAAUAUCAACGCCUACUACGCUCACACCAAUACUUCCACCUCCAAUGUGUCUGCCUCGGACCGCUUUGCCGCAUCCAACUUCGGGAAAGACAGAUUUGUCAAGCUUUUGGAUCAGCUCCACAACUCUCUCCGUAUUGACCUGUCCAUGUAUCGGAAUAACUUUCCAGCCAGUAACCGAGAGAGGCUGCAGGACCUCAAGUCCACUGUGGAUCUCCUCACCAGCAUCACGUUCUUCCGCAUGAAGGUACAGGACCUGCAGAGUCCCCCACGUGCCAGCACUGUGGUGAAGGACUGUGUGAAGAACUCACUCAGCUCAACGUACGAAUACAUAUUUGCCAACUGCCACGAGCUAUACAGCCAAGAAUACCAAUCUGCAGACCAGACCAAAGACGAGGCUGCACCAGAGGAACACGGCCCCAGCAUCAAGAACCUGGACUUUUGGCCCAAGCUCAUCACCCUCAUUGUUUCCAUCAUUGAGGAGGACAAAAACUCCUACACACCAGUCCUCAACCAGUUUCCUCAAGAGUUGAAUGUUGGAAAGGUGAGCGCUGAAGUAAUGUGGAAUCUGUUCUCCUUGGAUAUGAGGGCUGCUAUGCAAGAGCACGAGAAGCACAGGCAGUGUAAGAGUGCAGACUACAUGAAUCUGCACUUCAAAGUGAAAUGGCUUUACAAUGAAUAUGUAAAGGACCUGCCAGCUUCAAAAGAGAAAGUUCCAGAAUACUCUGCGUGGUUUGAGCCAUUUGUACUGCAGUGGUUGGAUGAAAAUGAAGAGGUCUCAUUGGAAUUUCUGCGAGGCGCUCUGGACCGAGACAAGAAGGAUGGGUUUCAGCAAACAUCUGAGCACGCCCUCUUCUCCUGCUCAGUGGUGGACGUGUUCACACAACUCAACCAAAGCUUUGAGAUCAUCAAGAAGUUGGAGUGUCCUGAUCCAGAGAUUGUUGCUCACUUUAUGAGGCGUUUUGCCAAGACCAUUAGCAAGGUGUUGAUGAAUUAUGCGGAAAUCAUCUCCCAGUACUUCAAGGAAUACUGCUCCCAGGAAAAAGUGGCCUGUUUCCUGAUGAAUAACAUCCAGCAAUUACGUGUGCAACUGGAAAGGAUGUUCCAGGCCAUGGGGGGCAAAGAGCUUGAUGCUGAGACCAGUGAGAUGCUCAACGAACUACAAGUCAAACUGAAUGGCGUUUUAGAUGAGCUGAGCCGAGUGUUUGGCAUCAGUUUUCGCCCACAAGUGGAGGAAAGCGUGAAAACAAUGGCCGACCUUCUGAUCCAGGUGAAGGGUGGAAUCUCUGGGCAAGGGAACUUAGCUGGAGAUGCUGACACUAUUUUGCGUCCUCUCAUGGACUUGUUGGAUGGCAAUCUGACACUGUUUGCCAAGGUAUGUGAGAAGACUGUGCUGAAGAGAGUACUCAAAGAAUUAUGGAAGAUCGUUAUGAAUACCAUGGAAAAAAAGAUAGUCCUGCCUUCCCUUACUGAUCAAACGGGAGCGCAAAUGAUAUUCAAUGCCGCUAAAGAACUGGGACAACUUUCAAAACUGAAGGAUCACAUUGUGCGGGAUGAAGUGCGCAGUCUCACACCCAAACAUUGCGAAGUCAUGGAGAUUGUGUUGGACACGAUAAAGCAAUACUUCCAUGCUGGAGGGAACGGAUUAAAAAAGACAUUUUUGGAGAAGAGUCCUGAGCACCAGUCCCUGAAAUAUGCUCUGUCCCUGUACACUCAACCUACGGACACACUCAUCAGGACCUUCACCCAGACCCAGACGACUCAGGGUAAAGUUAAGGAGUCAGUUGGCGAGGUCUCUAUACAUAUUGAUCUCAUCACGCAAGCUGGCACCAAUGACCGCAAGAUUACCGUCAAAGUAAAUGGUGUCAACAAUCUCAAGUGGAAGACAACGAGCGUGUUCCGCCCGUUUGUGGAAGUGAACGUCAUAGGCCCGCAGCUGAGUGAUAAGAAGCGCAAAUAUGCUACAAAGUCUAAAAACAACACGUGGUCUCCAAAGUUUGAGGAAACCUUCAAUUUCUCCCUGGGAAGUUCAUCCGGAUUCGAGUUCUAUGAGCUGCAGCUGCUCGUCAAAGACUACUGCUUUGCACGUGACGACCGGGUCAUUGGACUGAGUGUCCUGCAGCUGCGCGAGAUCCAAGAGAAGGGCAGCUGCACGUGCUGCUGCCCCCUGCGUAAGUCGGUCAAUAUGGAUGAAACGGGACUCACCAUUCUACGGAUCCUCUCUCAGCGCACGAGCGACGAGGUUGCCAAGGAGUUUGUUCGGCUCAAAUCUGAUGUCCGGUCCACGGAAGAAGAGAGCUGAUAAUUUCCAUAACUACGCUACUUUUGUCUUCCUGCCAUGCCCUGCUGGUGUAAAAUAUUGCACAGAUUGGUUUGUUUAUGGACAUAAAUUCCAUUUUCUGGAUUCCACAUAUAAUGAGGUUACUGUGUUUGUAUAUUCAUCGUUCAGUGCCAAUAUAUUCUUUUUUAGCAUCAUGUAUUGUUACACUUUAUUGUUAUCUUAAGCAUUUCAAUACAUAUUUGUUCACACGCAUGGACUGUUUAAAUGGUUUGUUUGCUGUGUACUUGAAACAUUUCUUGUCGUCAUGUGUACAAACUUAUCCUGAAAAUUCCAGGAACUAUCAUACGAUCUAUUCUAUCCGAGUUGUGUUUUGUCAAUGCUGUCUGUAAAUAUGCUAGUCCAGUUACCUUCCAAAAUGAAAAUCACUGUGAUUCAAUAAUGAGGAAAGAUGAUAAAUGGAAGUUACAAAUCUAUUUAUCACCACCAAAGUGAUAAGAUGUGUAAAGUGAUGUAGAUAGUUGCAAAAGGUUUAUGUUGCACUGUCCUUGGUCAAAAUUGUGCUUUCACUGGCUUGCAUCAAAUGUAUCUGCCUUAUUCUACGACCAAUUACGACGUUCACACAUGAUACGUGCUUAUCAUUCUCUUUUUUCAAUACGUAACAUUUUUUUUAGGGAAUGUAUGAGCACUUUGAAAGCAGGAGACAGCAUCUUAGUUAAAUUGCAACCUGAUUCAUGCCAGGUCGUGUUACUUUUGUUGAUAAAAAAAGGUCAUCUGCAACAAUCAAUAGCAAUAAAUUGGUUUGACUUUCACCAAAUCAAUACAUUACCAUUUUACGUUUAAUAAAACAUGAAAGUAUUAAUGCAACACAACAAUUAUGGGUGCACAUUUGGCUUGGACUUGAACCCAAUUGGAUUUUGUGGCAAAAGAAAUCCAUGGAACAUAAAACAUGUUUGAUAGAUUAAGAACGGUGAAAACACCAUCUCCCUGGAGAGAGGCGAAGGGGCAGGACAGAGCCUUGCUUCACACGUGAAGGACCGUGGUUGUGUUCUUAGCUUUGGGGAAUUAUUUGUCUUUUUGUGGGUAAAAUACUUUGAAUUUCUAAUUGAUAAUGGGUUAAUGAGUAUAAUUUUUUUAAAGUUUUUUUUAAUGUAAGAAAUCUAUAUUGACCCCCGUUAGGUGGAAAUCAACUUGUUAUUCAUGUGCAGAGCAAGACGUCUUCGUAACCAGCCAAUAAUACAUUUGUUCUUCGUUAAAACUCGAUUCUUGUGCUCGUGAUGCCUGCUUUCACAUUGUGCACACGAGAAUUGCUUCGUUUCAAUCCGAUUGAAAAUACCCAACGCAUGUUGUGUUCAUGGAGUUCAUGCGACACCCUUGCAGUGGCUGGAGGUGCUGCACUGGACCACGACGUUAAACAAAUUCGUUCUUGAAAAUAAUCGCAAACCUGACUUGUGUGCUCUCAACCCUUGUUCAGUCACGAACAACCUAAUUCAUGCCAGGGUCAUAUUACAUUUUUGAGACAUGAUCUUGAACAAUCAAUAGUAGUAAAUAGGAUUACAAUUUUGUGAUAUAUUAAAUAAUUGCAGUUUGGUGUCAAUCGUGUGAUAGGAAUAGAUAUUGUUCCUGGCUUGGUUACGCUGUUUUAAUUUGAUUAAAGUUACUGAAAAAUCUUAUUUGACUAAAAAAUAAUAAUAAGAUAAACAGUUUACUAAACAACGGCAGGAAAGUAGUGGCUCAUACUUUUCCUUUGUUAGGCAACAUUUUUGUAAUGUGAAUUGUGAUAUAAUUGACGUUUUAUCUCAAUCAACAUAAACAUCUGUGAAGUAUUCAUAGAACCUGGAUCACAUUGGAUCGACGCAGGGAUACAUGGUGGGUAUAAUGAAACUCGAAUUAUGGACACCUAGUAAUAAUUAGCAUUGUACAAUGUCCAAUUAUUUAAUGACCGUUAAUCGCAUGAAAAACGUGGUAAAGAAACGGUUACCAGUUUGCCGCACAUAUUUAAAAAAGGUCUAGCAAUAACCCCGAUAACAGUUAACCGAGAAACGAAGGUUACUGACAUGUUAUAGCCAACUGAUUCAAUCUCCGGGCACGGCAGCUGAAACAAGGGCCAAGUUUCUUAAAUCCCCUACCACUGCACCCAAUGUGGUAUAAACACCAUCAAUCAACGGAUUCUGUGUGGUGGGGUAAAGUGUUGGUAACUCCCACCUUUUCCAACGCGUGCGGUCAGCCGGGAAGAGUGGUACAAAUACCCUCUAGAGCUGACUGGAUUGGAGGCCUUCCUGCCAGCAUUGACGUGGGCAAACAUUACUGGGCUGCAACAUACCACGCAGAAACUUGGACCUGCCGCUGGUGCCUCGAUAUGGCUGCCACGAACCAAUCACAGUCACACGCGCCGUGCAAUUUAAAUAAUCGCACGUGCCAAUUUAGACAUUACUAAAAUUCCACUGGAUUAGAGUAAUGAUUCCUGACUUCAUCAAUUAAUAACAGUAAUGUUAUUGGCAGUUAUAAUACAAACAUCACCAUGAUAAUGUUUUCGAAGUUUUGACCCUGACGAUUUAGAUCCUCAACAAUUAAAACUUCUGUAAAUAUUGUUGUGAAGAUUGCUGUUUUUUUAGGCACAGUAAUUUAAUUGUUUUUUUCCACUGGUUAUGUGGUUGAUUAUAAAUUGGAGGACAUAUUUAGUUAAAUGUGAAUUAAUUUAAAUGUUUGAAGUUAGGAGUUGUAUAAACGGUCAGUGUUUUUUUAAGUUAUAUGAUUUUGUAAGGCUUUUAGUGAUUUGAGAAAAACGUUACAUUUUUUAUACGUAUGAUAAUAACGAACAGUAUUAAAGUCUACAUUUCCAUUCAUCACAUCUGUGAAUCGAUAAAAAAAAUGUAUUUGGCUAAAUGCGGUUUUGUGAAAAAAUGUAAACUUUAGAGGAAAAAUCAAAGUCCCACUGUUGCAGAAUGAACAAUGUUGCACCAUUAAUGUAUAUUGAUGGUCUUGCACCAGCAGUGGAAAUUGUUGUGGCAGGGUCUAGACCCCUAGAACGACCAAAGUGGUACUACUAUUGAACGUGAAUGGAUGAUAUGCUGAACUGACCCCUGCAGAGAUUUCAACUCAAUGUAUGCUAUGAUGAAGAACAAACAUCAUUUGGCUCGAUAUCUUCCAAUUGAGCCAAGUGAUCUAACCAAGGCAGCUGCCACUAAAGUCGAUCACUGUUUUUCAAGUGUUCAAAACAAUCACCUUCUUGUGUUACAUUAUUUUGUACAUACGAUAGCGAGUGAAACGCCUAUUGGUUGGGAUGCUCAGUGCACAAUGGUUUGAUUCUGAAAGCUGUAUGGUAAUUGAGAGAAUUACUAAAGCACAUCCAUCAUCUGCUGUGUAGAAUACAGUUAAGAUCCUGUGACAUUAUUUGCAAUAAAAGGUCACUGUGUUAGUGUAAUAGCGAUUAUUUUACAUUUCAAACCGUCUUCAAAGUAUUUGAUAGUGCUCAUUUUUUGGCGGCCCUGACCUAAUAGAUGAAAUUCCAUAUUCCUAUGUUGGAGCAGUCUACUUAUAACACAACCAUUGCAAAUAAAUACCUAAAAAAAGUACUCCAGUAUGCAAGUACAGACAUCAAGGUUUUCUGAGAAAAAAUAAAGGUCAAUAGUUCCUUGCCAGGUUUCCCAAAGGAAGUUGUGUUUGUAAAAUGUAGAGUAUCUGAGAAAUAUUGGCACACAUUUUCUGUUAUUAGACCGCAUGCAGAUGUGGCUUCCAAUUAUGUACAUUUAAUUUGUAAAGCAAUUUUAUUAUGGUUAAUUGGAAUGCAUAUACAGUACCUUCUAAGCAUUUUGUAUCUUUGCACGCAGCUUCUAUGCAUGCCAUGCUGGACUGUUCGUCUUACACUCAUAGUUUAUUCUUGUAUAUGGAUUUAUUUAAACUGUGAGGCGAUUCAUUUGUUGUAACUAAUGAAAAUUAAGUUAAUUGCACCCAUCCCAUGUUAACUGUUUGUGGAGCUUCAGAAUUGCAUUGUUACUUUAUGUUGUAUGUAAAAAUUGUAUUGUUAUUAAAAUAUUAAAUG